AUGGAGCCAACGAGCCAAGCUGCACCUGCCGAUGUCACACCUCCUUCAGACGCCUCACCAGCCAACUUGGCCGACCGGCAGCCGCAAGGUGAGGCAGGGGUUGAGCUCCAACGCUCAGCCCAGCCACAACCCCAGACUGUCCAGUCAACCAGCCCUCAGACAACACCGGCUCGCCCCCAAUCCCCUCGGCCACAGGCCCGGACCGAUGCGCCAGCGCAACAUCGUCCAGGCCCCCCAAUCGAUGAGCGGGACAUCUUCGUCCCAAUGCCGGCCCCAACGACUCAUGGCGAGGCCGAGGCUGGGGUGCGGCGGAAGCUUCCCAUGUCCGGCUUGCCGACAGCGGCGGAACUCGACGAGUCGGUGACGUUCUUCCACCGGUACUUCGGCCUUUACUUCCUAGUGGCGCCUGCGCUGGAGACGCCAACCCUCCCCACCAUCGUCCUGAAGGUGAGCAGCCGGCUCAACAUCUCCUAG